AUGGCAUAUCAAGACGAUGUGAUUGCGUUUGGAACAAAGAAAGAAGCACAUGAUAACAAUUUGAAGAAACUUCUUGAACGAUUCAUGAAGGAAAAUGUGUGCAUUAAACCAUCUAAGUUCAUGUUUGAAUUGACGGAAAUGGAGUUUCUGGGAUUAAACAUCUGUUCCAAAGGAUAUCGACCGGAUCCCAACCGAUUCAAACCUCUAGUGAAUAUGAAAUCCCUGAAAGAUCAAAAUCGUCUACGAUUAAUUAUGGGAUCCUUCCAAUAUUAA